AUGAAUGGUUCCCUUCCCAACUCAAGAAAGUUACAUCCUUUUCUCAAAAAAGUGAAUUUUACAAAUACAAUGGGACAGGAUAUCUACUUCUUAAAUGAUGAAAUAUCAAGUGCGUAUGAUAUAUAUAAUGUCAUCUACUUUCCUAAUGGGACAAUUGUUUCGGAAAAAGUUGGAAAUUUUAACUACAAUGAACCACCUGGGAAACAAUUAACUAUAAAUGAAGAUGAGAUACUCUGGGAUAGUCAGUUCAGUGAGACACCACGUUCUGUGUGUAGUGAGAGCUGCCAGCCGGGUUAUAGGAAGUCUAUUCGGGAAGGUCAACCAGCUUGUUGCUUUGAUUGUGUACCCUGUCCAGAAGGAGAGUUUUCCAACCAAAAAGACAUGGAUGUUUGUAUCAAAUGCCCAAAAGACAAAUGGCCAAAUGAGCAGAAAACAACUUGUGUCCCAAAGGUUAUAUCAUUUUUGUCUUUCCAAGACCCAAUUGGAAUUGUCCUCACAUUUCUAGCAGUUUGUUUUUCCAUUAUGUCCGCUGGGAUUUUGGGAAUAUUCAUCAGAUUCCGAGACACCCCAAUUGUGAAAGCCAACAACAGGGAUCUGAGCUACCUUCUUCUGACGUCACUCAUAUACUCAUUUCUCUGCUGUCUUCUCUUCAUUGGACAUCCAGAAGAGGUGACCUGCUUCUUAGAGCAAGCUAUUUUUGGGAUAACUUUUUCAAUUUCAUUAUCUUCUUUAUUGGCUAAAACAUUAAUUGUUGUGGUAGCUUUUAAUGCCACGAAACCUGGCAACAUUUUUCGAAAGCUGGUUGGAGCUAAAGUACCCAAAUAUAUUGUUCUUGUGUGUUCACUGAUACAAGUAUUUAUUUGCGUCUUAUCCCUAAGUAUAGCACGUCCACACCUUUUCUACAACAUGAAUGCAGAAACUGGUAGAAUUCUUGUUGAGUGCAAUGAAGGUCCAGACGUGACGUUUUAUUUCAUACUUGGUUACUUAUGUAUAUUGGCAUCUGUAAGUUUCAUUGUUGCUUUUCUAGCCAGAAAAUUACCAGAUACUUUCAAUGAUGCAAAAUUUAUCACUUUUAGUAUGUUGGUUUUUUGCAGUGUUUGGAUUUUCUUUAUUCCAACUUAUCUUAGCACUAAAGGCACAUACAUGGUAGCGGUUAAGGUUUUUGCUAUUUGGGCCUCUAAUUCUGGGUUACUGUGUUGUAUAUUUGCCCCUAAAUGCUACAUAAUUAUAUUAAAGCCAGAGAAAAACAUGAAAAAGAUUUUGUUAAGGAAUCAGCUAUAACUGGAUCUUAAAUGUUCUAAAAUCAAAGGAACUAUAUAACUUUAAAUUGCGAGUUGAAGA